AAGGCCACACAGAAAAACCCUGUCUCAAUAAACAACAACAAAACAGAACAGUAAAUUCACAGCUAUUUACUUAUUUAUAGAUAGGGUCUCUAUGUAGCUCUGGCUGUCCUGGAACUUACUAUGUAGCCUAGGCUAGCCUCAAACUCCCAAAGAUCCAUUCCUUUUGUCUUCUGAGUGCUGGGAUUAAAGGCAUGUACCACCAUGACUAGCUAUAUACACAGAGAUUUAAACUUCAUAUAGUUGUGAUUUUUUUUUUUUUUUUUUUGAGAAAGGAUUUCUUUGUGUAACCUUGGCUAUCCUGGAUUUGCUUUGUAGACCAGGCUGGUCUCAGCCUGCCACUGCCUCCCUGAGUGCUGGGAUUACAGGCGUGUGCCUCCACACCUGGCUAAUUAUGAUUUUUUUUUAAAAAGAUUGUGGUAUUACUGUGUAAACCAGGCUGCUCGCUCAUAUUCAGCCCUCCUGCCUCAGCUUUCUGAGUGCUCGAUUAUAGGUGUGUGUCACCACACCCAAUUUGAUUUUUUUUCUAUUUUAAAACGAAAAAGUGUGGGGACUGAGCGUGGUGGUGCAUACUUUUAAUAUCAGCACCCAGGAGGCAGAGGCACAUGGAUUCCUAUCACUUUGAGGCCAGCCUGGUCUACAGAGUGAGCUCUGGGCCAGCCUGGGCUAUAGUAAGACCCUGUUUCAUGUUUCAGAGAGAGAGAGAGAGAGAGAGAGAGAGAGAGAGAGAGAAGGAGCAAAGGAGGAGGAGGCAGAGGAGGAGGAAGAGGAGGAGAAAAAGCCUGAGCGGGAGGUCGCUCAUCGCUGGGGCUCUGUGGGGCCCUCAGUUUGAUCCCCAGCAAUGUAAAAAGAGAAGAUUAAACAGUUUUGGAACUGCAGAGGCAGCUGGUGGGUAAAGUGGCUGCUGUAGAAGCACGAGGACCUGAGUUCACAUCCCAGGACCCUGUCAGCACGGGGCGGGGCGGCACACAGCUGUAAGCCCAGGGUUGAGGGGAGGCAGACACCGGAUCUCUGGAGCUCACUGGCUCAGCCUAGACGAAUCAGCGGGCUCCAAGGUCACGGAAAGGCAGCCUCCGCAAAGAAGGCGGAGACUGACUGAGAAAGACACCCGGAGUCGGCCUCUAGCCGCCACAGUGCGUCCACGUCACACGGACGGGGGCGUGCCACGUGCGCGUGCCAGGCGCACACAGGCAUCAUGUUAGCCCGUAGACCGUGACAAACUGGCAUGGCGAGGUGGCUCAGUGGAGUAAGGCAUUUGCCACCACGCCUGAUGACCUGGGUUUACUCCCUAGGGUGCACAUGGUAGGAGAGCCAACUCUGGUGGGUUGUCCUCUGACUUGCAGACACACCUCAGCUCCCACAUCCCUUCCCACAUAAAGAAAUAAAUGUACUUUUCUUUAAAAAAAAAAAAAAAACCAAACAAAACAAAACAAUACUUAUUUAUUUAAUGUAUAUGAGAGUCUGCAUGUACACCUGCACACCAGAAGAGGGCAUCAGAGGCCAGUAUAGAUGGUUGUGAGCCACCAUGUGGUUGCUGGGAAUUGAAUUCAGAAUCUCUGGAAGACCAGACAGUGCUCUUAACCACCAACUCAUCUCUCCAGCCCCAUGUAAUUUUUUUCUUAUACCAGUCUGAUUUAGGGUCAUGGCUCCCUGGGCUGGACGGUGAAUUGUCUGGAAAGGGCACUCACUUUAUUAUUGUGGGAUUUGAGUUACUAAAAUGUGGUGUCUUCAUGUGGGUUUGCCCGGUGAUGCUGUGUACCUCCACAGAACCCCACCGACAUGCAGUUGGCUGGAAGGACACCAGCAGGAGCCAUAUGGGAACUGGAGCACCUGAGAACAGCCCCAGCGAAGGUGGGAAGGAGGCCGGGAAGCCACAGCCUGUUGUGAUUCUCUUGGGCUGGGGUGGAUGCAGGGACAGGAACCUGGCCAAGUAUAGCGCCAUCUAUCACAAAAGGGGCUGCAUUGUGAUCCGAUACACGGCCCCCUGGCACAUGGUCUUCUUCUCUGAGUCCCUGGGCAUUCCCUCCCUUCGUGUGAUCGCCCAGAAGCUGCUUGAGCUCCUCUUUGACUAUGAGAUUGAGCGGGAGCCCCUGCUCUUCCACGUCUUCAGCAACGCCGGCGUCAUGCUCUACCGCUACGUGCUGGAGCUCCUCCAGACCCAUCAGCGCUUCCGCCACCUGCAUGUGGUAGGCACCGUCUUUGACAGUGGUCCCGGCGACAGCAACCUGGUCGGGGCCCUGAGGGCCCUGGCCACCAUCCUGGAGCACCGGCCCGCUGUGCUGCGCCUGUCGCUCCUGGCGGCAUUCGCGCUGGUGAUCGUCCUGUUCCACUUCCUGUUUGCUCCGUUCACUGCCCUCUUCCACACCCAUUUCUACGACAGGCUGCAGGACUCAGGCUCCCGCUGGCCUGAGCUCUACCUGUACUCCAAAGCUGAUGAGGUGGUGUCAGCCCGGGACGUGGAACGGAUGGUAGAGGCUCGCCUGGCUCAGCAGGUCCUGGUGCGCUCAGUGGACUUCGUGUCAUCCGCGCAUGUCAGCCACCUCCGUGACUAUCCUACGUACUAUACGAGUCUGUGUGUUGACUUCAUGCAUAAUUGUGUCCAGUGAUGAGAUCCUGCUCCAGAAAUAAACGCCGACACCUCCCUGUAA